CGCACGCACUUUUCAUCGCAAGCAAAAUGGACAACCACGGCCCAUCUUGGGAAAUUCUCACUGCUUCCGCUGUCCCUUCUGGAGAUUCGGCUAUUGACCCCUCUCUCCGACAUGUUGGAAUUCCCUCCAGAUAUACCACUGUCGACUCGGCCUCUGAUAAUGAUCCUGACAAACGGCGAAUGCUUGGGAGGCCAAUAUGUGAUUUUUGCCGGGCUGCGAAAAAGAGGUGCUCACCAGUGGGCUACUCCGAGUUGCAGCAGAGAUGUGACCGCUGUAUACGUUUGAAUCUGACUUGUACAGAGCCCCAAAUCAACAGAAAUACCAGAGGCCCAAAUAAGCCCAAAGGGGAUACCGUGUUGUUCGAGUAUACUCAGAUCCAUAUGGAUGAAAUCAGAAUCCUUCGUCUAGCCCCAGGCUCAUUUGACGACCCUAUUGAGUGCGAGCUCAUCGUGAUGACGUUUGAGGAGGCGGCAGCAACUGGGUAUGAAGCAUUAUCGUACGUUUGGGGCAACGAUAUGUCUACAGAAACCAUCACCCUAAUGACCACUCACGAAUUGGGGCUGGAGAGUGGUAGGAACAGAAAGCACUGGAAAUUUCAUAUACGGCCAAACCCUUGCUCAGCUCUCAAGCAUCUUCGCCUUGGUCCCAAACGCAGCUACACCCAAUCUGGGGACGAAGACAAGAAUUAUCGCGACCUAUGGAUUGAUGUUGUCUGCAUCAAUCAAGCGGACGACGUGGAAAAGGCGCAACAAUUUUCCAGAAUGCCAUCGAUAUACCAGGCUGCGAAGAACGUAUGUGUCUGGUUGGGUGAGGCUACCGAGUCAACCUCUACAGCCUUCGAAUUCGUUCCCAAGCUUCUUGGUGCAACUUUUGAAAACCUUUUGGCCGCCGAUGGCAAUGCGGUCCAACAAUGGUACGCCCUCUCACAGGUCAUGAGAAAUAAAUGGUUUACCCGUCGAUGGGUUGUCAGCGACGUCGCAUUUGCAAGGACGGCGACCCUGCACUGCGGAUCAAUGACGCUGGGUUGGCGGGAUUUCGAAGAUGCGGUGACUUUGUUUCAGCAGAGUUUCAACGAUAUCAAAGAGUUAUUCAAAAGGUCGGCUGACUUCAACAACGACUCUGAAGCUGUUGGUAUUGUGAAAGCCUUACCCGCAUGCUGCGUCGUAAACACGGUCUCCAACGCUUUCCAGAACAAAGAUACAAGUGGUAAGCAUUCGGAAGGUCAGAAAUCACUUGAAGCGCUCGUUAUUGCUCUCAGGCAUCUCAAUGCCACCGAUGAGCGAGAUAUAAUCUAUUCCUUGAUGCCCAUGGCAAAGGAUAUUGCCGACGGAGCUUCCAGGCCUAGCACGCCUUCGAUAGUGAUCGGGAAUGGGCAUCAGGCACUUGCCAUUGAUUAUGGCAUAUCUGUUGUCCCGCUGUUCCGGAAUUUCGUUGCGUUCGCUGUCAAUUCCUCCGAGUCGCUAGACAUAAUAUGUCGUCCUUGGGCACCGGUUUCUAUGCAUCCUCUCGAACUACCAUCAUGGAUACAGUCAGUUGACAAAUCCGAAUUCACCCAGCGCUCAGACAAUUUUUUUGCGCGUAUCAACGCGGAUAGCCUUGUCGGCGAGCCAGGAACGAGAGUUUACAAUGCAGCUGAUUCAACACUACCUGCUGUGUCGUUUAAUCGAGUCCUAUCACCUGCCCUUGUGGAACGACUUCUGGAAUCUUGCUCCGUAAGCUUAACAAAUUUUAGCCUCGAAGUUGCCCCUGAGCUGCUUGGUACAGGUAGUAAUUAUGCUGAGGAAACCGAAGGGCAAUAUGAUCCAGGAACGAAAGUAGACAACAGUGAAGUAAUGUAUGCAGGCGGUUUCUGCUACGAUCGAGUCGAUACAGUUGCGGCUCACGCAAUUCAGGGCAUCAUUCCACGACGAUGGCUACAACUAGGUGGUUUACCAAAAGGCGACUCUCUCUCAAUGGCAUCUAUUGAUGAAGCCUUCUGGCGCACACUAGUGGCAAAUCGCCGCCUAGAUGGAACACUUCCUCCCUCUUAUUACCCACGCGCCUACCUCUCUUGCCUCGGCCAAUCGUACGGUGGGCACCUAAACGUGAACGAACUGCUCCUCAAAACACGAACCCAUUCUGUAGUCGCGGAGUUCCUCGAACGGGUACAAAGUGUGGUCUGGAAUCGUGCUUUAUUCAGGACAACGGCUACCAAUCGAUUUGGCUUAACUUCGGCCGAGGCGCAGACAGGAGAUAUGAUCUGUAUAUUGUUUGGCUGCUCUGUACCUGUCCUGCUACGUCCCAGGCCGGUAUCGACUCCAACAACGUAUGAAUUUCUUGGCGAAUGCUACGUGCAUGGGAUCAUGGACGGUGAAGCUAUGCGGGAAGAACGGGAAUCGAAGAGAUUCGUGCAGCUAUUUCGCAUAUAUUAAGGGAGAUCAAUAUCGAAAAUUCAUCGCAGCUUUUAACGAGCACAUCAAUUGCAGCCAAAUCGAUGCGUCCGUGAUGGCGAUGCUGGGCUCUUGUACUUGUCAUACAGUGGGUGCGAAGAAGACGCAGAGAAUGCCGCAAAUACAAUAUAGUCCACGCGCCGGGUGAUGGUAUAGUGUCGACUGAUUUUCCAUAAUACAUAAAAGAAACGGCCUAAGAAGAGAACCCGCCAAGAAGGUGGGAAUAGACAUUUACGGUCUCGUUAUGUAUAUGUUUCAGACUUCCUAGACAUUUCCGAAAAGACCCGGAAAGAGUGCGGUACCCAGACGUAAUGUACUCAUUAUCUUGGCGCCACCCGGCCAAGUCUUUCCAUUCUUGAAGGUGGUAACGAUAAUAACUCUCUAAUCCUGCAUUGACUUGUAUCGCAGAGGUCUGUUCAAGGACGUCUGAGCCUGGGCUUGCCAUGGAGAUUAAAGGCAAAUUUGUGACAAAGCCGAG